GAUGCGGCGAAAAUUGUGUAGGAAAUGCAACGCACCAGCUGCGAAUCAUCGGAAGCAGCAACGGCCGCCGUGGAAGAGGAAGCGAACGCAAAGUUUCGGCAAAAGUACCGUCGAUUAAAACGCUACAUGACCGAUAUGGUGUUUGAAAAUGCCGCAUUAAGUGAUCAUAUUGCACAGGUGCAGGAGAAAGUUGGUCAGGUUAGUGAAGAGCGACGGUUUCUGCUGAAGAAGCUGCUCGACCAUGAGCACGAAACGGAAACGCAGCUUGGGCGAACGUCCAGUAAGCUGAACGAGCUGAUCGCAAACAGUUUACCACCGAAACGACAGUACAAGAAGCGCGAAAAAAACGCUACCGUUAAUGGAGCGCCGAAUGCGAGCACUUCUGGUGAAGGUGGACCGGCGGAUGGGCAGCAAGAACCUCAGGAAACUGUCCUGGACGGGACGGAUGUAAAAGUGGAAAAGGACGAUGAAGCGAACGGGAAAUCGGGAGCCAACGAACGACACGGUGGCAAAAAUGGUCAUCGGAUGGGUAAAAAGCGAGGACCAGCAGGGAAAGGCGAACCACCGUCGGAAGGUGGAAAAGGGCGAAGAAAGGGUCGACCGAGCGGUGGGACCGGUAAGAAACGUAUGCAAAACAUUACCGUUGACCAGUCGGGACAUCCAAAGUACCCGUUUACGGUGGGUGGUUUUAGCGUGCAAAGUCUGGGGGAUAUUGUACCGGACCGGGCAGCUUUUCAUACGGAGUGUACGAUUUAUCCGAUCGGAUAUACGAUUACGCGCCCGUACGGACACUACAAGGAUCCGGAAAAACGGUGUAUCUAUACCUGCCGUGUGGUUGACGAUGGCGAAAGGCCACGGUUUGAAAUCGUACCCGAAAGCACCGAUCCUUCCGGUACAGGUGGAGGAGAAACGGGUGAAUCGAAAGAUAUGGACCUUGUGGAGGCGGACAUAAUCAGCGGUCCAACGACGGACGAUUGUCAUGCGGAACUGUUGCAAAGGAUUAAUACAGCGCUCAAUGUAGGCUCGAUCGAUUCACGUCCGAUGGGAGAUUGGUUUUUCGGGUUGGCACACCCAACCGUUGCGAACCUUCUACAAAGGUUUCCUAGUGCAAAGGGCUGCACAAACUAUAGGACCGAGGAAAGGAAGGAAACCGAAGCCAAUAUGGAGAAGGAGAAUGAUCCGGCCCUUAGCUACGAUGCACUGAUGCGCCACAUAACCAUUUCGACGUAUCGUACCGUGCCGGAAAUUAAGGAAGAACCACCGGACGAACUGUUUGACCAUUCGGACGGCAACUCGUUCAGUUUGUCGGUGUAGAGGUAGUAGGUCGUUGUCGUGUCG